AUGUUCAAACUUGAAUCAUAUAUCACACCAUGGCUUCUAUCUUAUAUUGAUCAAUAUGUCAAACUACGACGUGAAGAUUUUCAAUUAUCUCUAUGGGGUGGUGAUGUUGUUUUUUAUAAUCUCGAAUUACGUUUAGCUAAUAUCCAAAAAUUAGUUCCAACACUUCCUAUUAUCUUUCAAAGUGGCAUUAUUCACGAGUUACGUAUUCACGUUCCAUGGAUUCGAAUCAAUUCCGAACCAAUCGUUGUUACAAUAAAUCAAAUCGAACUUGUUAUUGUUUUAAAUAAAGAAGUUUCAUCAACCAAUGGCAGUUCAGUAUCAGUUGAAGAUGAUGUUGAUUCGGAUCACAUACUUAUUCAACAACAACAACCAACAACAGCUGAACAAUCAAAUUAUAUUCAAACUGUACUGGCACGUAUACUAAAUAAUGUACAUAUUGUUGUUAAUAAUUUAAUAAUAAAAUUUGUUGAAGAAAAUAUUGUUAUAUCAUUAUCAUCGCGCACUGCUGAAUGCUAUGCUGCUAAUCAAAAUUGGUCGAAAUCAUUUGUUGAAUUAUCACAACAAGAUUUAUCGCUGAGACGUUUAAUAACAUUGCCUGAUUUAACAUUAUGUUUAGAUAAGCAUGAUAUUCAUGGAAAAGUGCAUCGCUAUGAAGUACCGCUUCUAUCACGUUGGUCAUUUGAAUGUCGAAUACAAAUGUACUAUGCAAAUGUUUAUCAACAAUUAAAUACAAAGCCGAGCCAAACACGUUUAAGUUUCAAUUGCUCAAAUAUAGAAGUAUCCAUUGUUGAUAGUCAACUGUCUAUGAUAAUGCGUUUAACUGAAAUUAUUAUGUUACUUAUUAAUCAACAAAUGUAUCCGAAUGAAACUGAUACGCCAAAAGAACAGAGAAAAACUUUAAAGAAAAUAAAAUCUGAACCAACAUUUACAGUAGCAACAUCACCGCUAACGCCAUCGUUAUCUCCAAUUAUGAGUUCAGAAGAUCAAGUUGUUGCUUUGAAGAAUGCUGAAUCAGGUUGGGUAUCAUGGGCGUGGUCUUAUGUACCAUCAGUAACAACACUUUUUGCGGAAGAUGACUUUCCAGCUGAUGCUAAUGAUUCGAAUCAUGUACCCAUUGAACAGCACAUAAAUAAUGAAUCUCGAUUGGAAGAAACAAAUCUACUGACAACUAGUAACCAUCAGAGUCAUACUCCGACACCUAUUCUUUUUGCGGGUAUUGAAUUAGAUCGAAUUAGUUUACAAUAUAAAAUUACAAAAUCAAAUGAAAAUAGAACUUCACUUGUUCCUUUUAUUGGAUUUACCAUUGAGAAAGCCAAUAUUAUUGUUGAACAUUAUAAACCUACAAGUACAACAGCACUCGAUGGCCAAUCAAUUGUUUCUCGUGUGCGUAAAGUAAAAGUGUUAACAUCAAAAAUAUCCUUAAUAUGGAAUCAACGUUUAUGUUUUUCAUUAUCUGAUGUUCAUUUUACAUUACAUUAUGAUCGUCAUGUACGAAUGACACAUUUUUCGUUGACUAUAAACGAUUUCAAUGCACGUAUUAAUGACGAUUUUCUUAUUUAUCCAUGUCAAGCAACGCUAAAGCUUGAUCAUCAUCGAACAUAUUCAUUACUUCAUCUCGAAUUUUCUUCAUUAACUAUAAAAAUCGAUUUUAAUAUAUUAGCAUAUUUGAUAACAUUAAUUAAUCAAAUACGAACAAUCGUUGAUACGGCUAUAUUAAUAUUUCGGCCAGCAAAAAUAAUUGAUCAUAUCGAUGAUGAUAUUAUAUCAGUUGAUGAUUUAAGAAAUGGUUCAAUGAAAUGGAUAUUUCAAACAUCACACGAGCUACCAAAUACAAAUGAAAUCUAUUUUACAACCACAAAUGAUCACAACAUUGCAUCGUGCAUGACAUGGAAGUACGAACAGCGACGAUCAAUUCUUAAAUGUCAUAUACUACCUUUACCAUUCGAUAAUGAUCUUACUGGAAGUCCAAUGUCACCAAGAAUAAAAACGGUCGAAUGUUUAAUGCAAUAUUGGCAUUUUGGUACAAAACAAUUUGUUACUUGGCAAACAUUUGAUUUAUCCGAUGGUCAACCAUUGUUUCUCGAUUUUAGUAAUGAUCUCGGACAAAAUCCGUAUUCAGAAAUGUGGCGCAUUGUUUUACUCAAUGCAUCAUCGAUUAUAAAUCAAUCGAACUCAUUAGCUGCAUCGACACGUAUUGAUUCAUUACAAAGUCAACGUUAUGAACCAUUGAUUGAAAUGGCAAUUAAAAUACCUAAUAUUCGUUUACAUUUUAUGAUAGAUCCGCAGAAAGAAAAUUUAUCUUCAACAUUUCAUUCGACUCUUAACGGAUGUAAACACGAUGUUCUUACACUACAUUUUGAUAAUAUAACAUUCGAUUUGAGUCAACGUCUCGAAACGAAAUUAAUCAGUGUUGAAACAAUUGUGUCACUUGAAGCACUAGAAUAUCGAUUUUUAACAAAACGUUCUUGUAUUGAACCAACGCUAAUUAAUCUUGAUUUAUUUAUUGAUAUGUCAAAAUCAAGUAUAUCAUCAUCUCUACCAGAUGUAUUUGAAUUGAAUAAUGGAAAAUAUAAUCAAUUAUUUCGUUCAGCUAAAAGCUCAUUUGUUUAUCAACUGCAUUUUGAUAUCGAUCAUGUUAACAUUAGAUUAAGUCAAUCAUUAUGCCAUCUAGUUAAUAUUCUUUAUCAACAUGCGCUGCAAUCUGAUAUGAUUGAAGCUUUAGAAUUAACUAAAUUAAAAGAACAAGCUUUAGUUUUAAGUAAAAAUGACAAUCCAAUGUAUUAUACCUAUUAUCUAUUUACUAAUCAUCUUAAUUGUCCUGUUGGCUUGAAACAACAUAAUACAAAUGAUAGUUUUGUUAUACUUUGUCCAUCUGAAACAACAGAUUUUGUCUGGUCAAAAAUAAAUACAAAUGAACGUUUAGUAGAAUUUUCUCUCGAUCAUACGUCAACAGAACCAAUUUAUUCAUCACCAAUAGACAUACACCAUUCUGAUAAUAACAUGAAACAGGUUGUUCAAUUUCUUAAUAGUACACAUUUAUUUUAUUUACAAAUUCAUUUCGAUCAACAUCAAAUUCGUCGUCAUAUACACGUUAUUGGCAAAAUAAUUCUUAAAAAUCUUUGCGAUAUCGAUUUGAAUAUAAAAUUCUAUCUCAAUGUUGGCUCAAGACAAUUGGAUUUAUUUAUCUCAAAAAAUCAAUCAUACUUAAGUUGUUUACAAACCAUCGAAGAUAUUCAAUUUAUUCAAUGGAAUUCUUCGAUGAAAUAUUCAAUCGACCAAUUGAACCGAGAUGGGAUUAUUUCAACCAGUGAUAAUCUAUCUGUAUGGAUACAUUUAUUUGAAUAUGAAAAUUUAACUUGUUUCGUAUUUACACCGAUUGUUAUUUAUCGUUCGUAUUUAACACAACCGGUUUUAGUAUAUUUAAAUAAAGAUAAAUCAUUUCUAUUACAAUCCAACGGUAUUUAUACAUUUUUUAAUGAUAUCAUUUUUGAUGACGCGAAUACAAUUUAUGAGCAUCGUUUACAACAGAUCGAUGUUGAACAAUUGACAUCGUGCAUAUUCGAAUUAGAUAAGCAAUCGUUUUCAUCAAUCGAUCGAAUCGAUGAUAUUCAUGGAGAUAAUUUAACUCUGAUUGAUUAUUUUUUACAAACAAAAAUACCUUGUGCAUUGCAAUGCGAGGAACAAAAUCAACAGUAUUCAGUGAUUGAUCUUCUUCGAGAACAACAUAUAAAAGCAAAGCAAACCGACGAUGAUAUUCCUGUGCCAUUGAUCGAACAAACAAAUGAAAUUUUAAAUGCAUCACUAGUACCAAGUAUCGGUGCUAAUGGUCCAUCGAUGUAUGAACCGCCUGUGCCAAUGCAAACAAAAAAAGUCGAGACUCUAAUCAAUCCAACGUUGAUAACAACAAGUUCGAUUGCUUGUCGCAUUGAACCCAUUCGUCUCUAUUCUCAUUUGAAUACAAUUUUACUUGAACUGAAACCUGUAACAAUAAUAAAUAAUUCAACACCAUUUAAUUUCCAUCUGUAUGCAAACGCCGGCCAUGAUCAUAUAUACAUUCAUGCUGACCAAUUGAACUGUCUUUCGAAAUUAGAAUAUAGUCAAAUACAAUUUAUUCUUAUUGAUCCACAUGACGGCGAACAUAUUCAAUGUCAAACCGUUGAUUUAAUCUUUCGAAAUAUUCCAUUAAUGAAUGCCGGAACUAUAAUUAAUAAUCGUCUAUAUACUAAUGGUUCAAUUGAUCUUUAUUUUAUAAAAUCUUCUAAUAAUGAUUAUUUUAUAUUUCAUUUAAAACAUGACUAUAUUGAUCGUACACAUGUAUUCACGAUUGAAUCAAAAUAUAAAUUUUUCAAUCAAACAAAUCAACCAUUACUAUGUUACGUAUUACCAAUAUCAAAACAACAAUAUACGAUAGAUUAUCCAUUUAAUUGUUUAGAAUUAAAAUCCAAUGAAAAAAUGAAUCUAUAUCGUUUUCAAGGCAUACCAUCAUCGGAUAUUAUCUAUUAUUUAUUAUUUCAAAAUGAAGCGAAUGACAAGCAAUAUUUAUCGAAACCGAUUCGAUUGUUUCCAAAAAUCGACGACAACGACAAUCGACAAUGUUUUUGUCUGUUUAAAAAAGAUGAUCAAAUUAAAUUGAAAUCAGCAACAUUUCAAAGUUUACGCGGAGAUUUAUUUUCUAUAAAUCAAUCAAUGAAAAGUCCAACAAGUCAAACAGACAUUGUAAUUAAUACAAACCCAUCUUGGGCAUUCUUACAUGUUGUUAAUACUUGCGCAUGCCCGUUAUUAUGUCGAUUAGAAAAUAUUUCAUCAAUGUCACAUAUAAUCCCACCAUUUUCAUCAUCAUCCAUUGGAAUUGAUUCAUCGGAACCAUUGUCAAUGAAUAAUAAUAAUAAUAAUAAUAAUAAUAUACAAAAUCUAAUGAAUGGAUCAAGAUUUUAUUUAGCCCAAUUUCAAUUAAAUGAAAACGCCAAUGGCCUUAUUCCAUUGAUAACAAAAUAUUUUCAACAGAUAACAACGAAAAAUGUUCAAUGGAGUAGACCAUUGAAAAUCGAUUCACAAUUAGAAGACGUCUUUUUGCCGAUACCUGGUUUGCAUGAUGUUUUGAUUCGUUCAUUACCAGCCUCGAUCUCGGCUAGUCGAACAAUAAUAAUUGAACCUGUUCAUCGUCAACGUUCGAUUAAAACAACGGUAACACAAAAAUCCGAUAGCAUCGUAAGAACAAAUUCGUCAGCUAAGCUAACUAAUUCCGCAUCGCCACAAGCAACAAUCAUAUCGGAAACAAUGCCGCGUCAUUAUCGUUCACAUAUAUUUGAUAAAAAUGCACCGAUCAACACUCCGAAUGCAACGAAUCAAUAUUUAAAAGCAUGGCAACAAAAAUAUAAUCAAGGAAAUCACCGACAAGUUCAAUUGAAUUGUUCCAUUAAUAAAAUAUCUUUAUCAUUAAUGGAUGAAUUAAGUGAUGUAUGGUUAUUUCGUGAAAUUCUUCGUUUGACAGUAGACAAAAUCAAUUUACUAUUUUAUCAGCAUACGAUUGAAAUUGAACCAUGUUUACAUCAAGAACAAUUCUUUUGUUCUAUUGAUCAAUUACAAAUUGAUAAUCAAUGUUAUAGUUCGAAAACGAAUUUUGAUUUUCCAGUUGUUCUUAUGUCAAAAGAUGAAAAACGUAUAUCGAAAGCAAAAACAAAUGUUUACGAGAAAAAAGAACCGACAGAACCGACUGCUAAUUUUGCCAAUCAUAAUCGUCAACAUUCUUCUUCAUCAAUCGAUACAACGCUUACCGAAGAUCCAUUACCAGCAUUUGAUUCUUUAUCACAUAAUCAUAAAAUUUCUCGUCCAAAAUUUAUUCACAAUGAUCAACCGAAAUUUCUCACUGUACAUUUCCAUCGUAUCAAUGAACGUUUCAUUAAAAUUGAUUUUCAACUUCAAUCAUUCGAUGUUUACCUUGAAGAUCAUUAUGUUUAUGUUUUAUUAAAAAUCUUCAGCCAUCUAUUACCCGUAGAUUUACAUAUUCCAUCGAAUACAGAAGAAAUUCAAUUAAAAAUCGAUACGAAUGAUAAUGAAGUAAUGAGAACACCAUUUGUGUGUGAAGCACUUAUUAUUGGACCUAUUGAUAUUGUUAUUAGUAUUCACGCUUCCAUGAAAGUUUAUAUUGGUUGUCAUCAAUUACCACUUUUUGUUGAUAAAUUUCAAAAAAAUUAUAUUUACUCAACCAAUAAACAAUUAUUAACAUUAAUUACCCGACAUUAUUUGGUUUCAUUAUUAACACGAUCGCCAAUGCUAUUAGGAUCAUUUGAUAUAUUAGGUAUGAAUAAAGUUUUUCAAAUCUCUAUUGAAUUUAUUGAUGUCAAUUAUUAUUUGAACAAAAUUAUUAAUGUACUACUUUUAGGUAAUCCCUCUGCAUUAAUACGCAAUAUAACCGAUGGUGUUUACGAUCUAUUUCAUUUACCGUAUGUUGGAAUGCGUCAUGGUCCAAGUGGAUUUAUGACAGGUAUAUCGCAAGGUGCUACAAGUUUACUUCGACAUUUAUCAUUAGGCACAUUGACGUCGUUGACAACAUUUGCUGAUAGUGUUGCAAGAAAUAUGGAUAGAUUAGCCAUGGAUUCUGAACAUACAAUACGUAAUGAAGAAACUUGUAGAAAUAUUCCGACUGGAAUGACGCACGGUCUUCUACAAGGUCUUGAAUUAUUUAGUUUAAGUCUAUUAGGUGCUAUAGCUGGUUUAGCCGAACAACCGUUGGCUUCAUUUCGUAAUCGACCUGAUUCUCAAACGGCAACAACAACUAUGUUGUCCGGUGUUGGUAAAGGUAUUGUUGGUAUUUUUGUGAAACCCGUUGGUGGCAUUGCUCAACUUAUUUCACAGACGGGUCAAGGUAUUCUUUAUGGCACUGGUCUAAUGAAUAUUCCACAUAGACGACAUCGACAACUAGAGCAAGAUGCAAGAAUAAAUACAAGUAUAAGUUAUGUUAAACUUUCUCAUGCAUGUCAAAUAACAAAUCAAGAUGAGAUACUUGAUAUACUAGAAUAUGUUCUUGAACAUGAUCAAAUUGAACAUGGAAUAUUUAUUUUAACGAAAAAUCAUCGUUUUAUUGACUAUCAUAAAGACGAUGAAAAUCAACAUGGACAACAUUUAUUAGAAAAUAUUGAGCUAAGCGAAUCACCUGAUUCAGCGGGUUUGUUAGUAUUCAAUAAUUUAUCAUUCUUUAUUGAUUCACGUUUUCGUCAUCAAUUUCUUGCAUUGUGUCGUCUUAUUCGGCACUGA